AAACACACUUUAAAAAUCUUAAGUGUUGAUAAACAUUCGUUGCAUUCUAAAGUAUGGUUAAUAAGGAAAUGAAACUUUUAAUCACUUUGUGUGCGAGGAUUUUUUAUGGAAGUCGUGUAUAAUUAUAUAGGCUUUCUGAGAAAAAAAACUUACGUUUAUAAACUGAAACAAGCUAGGAGAAGAAAGUAGCUAAUUACUAUUUACGUUGUGUUCUUGUUUUUUUUCUGCGAUAUCAAGAAUUGAUAUUAAACAUGCAAUUUUUGACGUGAUCGUUUAAAGAUCGGAUCUUGAACUUUUAAGAGAUCAUAGUUUUCUUAUGAGUAAGGCAUAGGACACGAGGAAGUGUUUAUUAUAAUAAAUACAAGGAUAUACAUGAAGUGGACUAGAUGUGGACAUUGUGUGUAUGUUAAGGAUAUAAUUUAAGUAGAACUACUGGAAUACUUAACUUAAAAUUUGCUAAUUACAUUAAUAAUACUGAGUUUGAACAAGAAGUAAAAAUGGAUUUUUGUACGAUAUAUCAAAAUGGAUUUAUAUGACACUGGAGGAAUGCAAUGAGGACAGGGCACCAUUACGGCCUCUCAACCAAUCAAAACCCGAGAAAAGCCCGUCCAAUAGAAAUCGACCAAUGAUACACCCUUGUGUUGACCCACCAGUCUGCGAGGACUGUCAGAAGUUAGAAUUAUCUUUCUUUGACCCGGGAUGUCCUGGUUGCCAUGACAUCUUAGUAAAUCCAAAUACAAAAGUGCCGGAGAUAUUUGCAAUAUUGAGACAAUGGACGCCACAGACUCAGCUUAACCUUGACCUUCUAGUGAACGAGAUAUUAAAACGUGGAGGACAUAUCAAUGAUAGAGACGGUUUGACCGACAUGACGUUACUGCACUAUGCAAGUAAGUCCGGUGCUGCCGGUAUCGGGGACCCAGACCUUGCAUCGGAAGUUGUAAGCAUGCUGCUGUCACAGGGAGCGGACCCAAAUAUACGUUGUCGGUGGACCAAUAUGACAGCAUUGCAUUAUGCAGCUUAUUUCGAUGUUGUGCCUGUAAUCAAAAUAUUGUUAAAAGCUACCAAAGCAUUAGAUAUAGACAGUAGAUGUACUGAGUUUGAUAAUGGUACAGCUCUACAUAUAGCAGCCUCUAACCUAGCACACGAAGCUGUCAAAGUUCUACUACAGAACGGAGCUAAUUCUCUUGUCAAAGAUGACAUGGACAGGAAACCACUUGAUUGCAUUCCUGAUCCAACAGCCUUAGACUGUGAUCCUGACAUGCCUAAAACAGUGAUGAAAUUAAAAAAGACAUUACAAGAGGCCGACUCUGAAAGUGAUAAAAGACCACCGCCAAAUUAUGACCUUGUACAAAGUAAGGUCACUCUACAGGCGCUUGGUAUUAAUCUAGGUGACAAGGUUGUGGUCGGUGGAAUCAAAACUGGUACAUUACGUUACUGUGGACCAACAGAGUUUGCCAGUGGUGUUUGGGCAGGUAUAGAUCUAGAUGAUGAAGCAGGCAAAAAUGAUGGAAGUAUUGGCGGGAUAUCAUAUUUUAACUGUUCACCCAAACAUGGUAUUUUUGCACCAAUUAGCAAAAUCAGUAAACCUGGGUCUGUGGUAAAAUCUGCCCCAAGUCCUGUAAAACAGGCACCAGUAAACCAAGGGAAUGUAGACGUUUCACAUGUAACUUCAAAAGUUGAUUCAGGAAUGCUAGAGAAGGCAGCGGCUACAUCAACACCCCGGAGAUCUUCAGGUUUAAGUAAAUCUCGAACAUCGUCAAUAUCAUCAUUAGCGGAGAUAGAGGUCGGAGAUCGGGUCAUUGUUGCCGGCCAGAGGAAAGGCACUAUAAAGUUUGUUGGUGAAACGAAGUUUGCACCAGGAAUAUGGUAUGGUAUAGAGUUAGACAGGGCUGCGGGCAAAAAUGACGGAUCAGUGAAUGGAAUGAAAUAUUUCACAUGUAAAAUGAAACAUGGCGUGUUUGCUCCAUUGUCAAGAAUUCAAAAGAUAAGUCGUCGAAAGGUAUCGGCAUUUCGACUCAGGAUUACGCCUGAAAUGGAGGAGCGGUUAGGGGAUAAACGGUUCAGUUCCAACGAAUCUCUCGAAACAAUCAGCUGGGGUGCCGUGUCCGAGCGUGUUGAUAAACGAGCAUCCGGGCCUUCACACCUACGAGACGGGCGACCCAGGACACCAAAUAAACGACCAAAGAGUGGCACCCCAGACGGUAUCAUGAGAACUCCAGGGUCUAGCUCCAACUUCAAACUAGAAGUUGGGAUGAGUGUUUUCUGUAACAACGAACUUGGAAAUGUAAGGUACAUCGGUCCAACUGACUUUGGUGACGGCAUUUGGGUCGGUGUCGAGUUACGUACAGCGAAAGGAAAGAACGAUGGAUCAGUGCAGGGUAAACGAUACUUCUCGUGUAAAAACGAGCAUGGACUUAUUGUGCGACCAAAUAAAAUUACUGUGAGGGGGAUCAAUGGUGCGAAGUUAGUCUCAGAAAUGUAUGGGCAGACAAAUAGCGAAACAACGCAUACAAACGGGGAUGUAAAGUGAAGGAAAUAACAUUGAGAUUCUUAAAAAGAUUUUUAAAUAAACGUAUAUGUACGGAAAGUGUUUGAUAUUAUAUAGAUCGAAGCGACAGCAAGUACUGACAGUAGAGUUUAUUUUUUACAGUGCCUAGACACAAAUUAGUCAUAUCGCUAAGGGAGACAAUCCUCUUAGAUUUUAAAAUGUUUGUGAUUUUUUUUUUUUUGCACACAAACACUGAGAAAACCCUUGUAUCGAGUUAUUAUGUUUUUACGUUACGUUGAUAUUUGAACACCAAAGAUCAGUCAACUGUAUGAAUCAUUGUACAAAAUGCUUUCUUUUUUUAUUUAGUUACUUUGUAUUUCACAUUUUGCUGACUAAACAAAACAUUUUUUGUUUUUGCUUGUUAGGAGUUGAUCAAAUAGACCGCAUCUUCUGAGAUAUUUGAAACAAAAUGUUGCCAUAUUAUUCACAUAUGAUAGAAAAGUAGUUAAUAAGAAAUAUUUUUGGUCAUGUGAUCACUUAGUGUUAUUUGAAUCGAAUAGGAAGAAUAAAUGUGGUCAUGUGACCAUGAAGUAUUACUAAUAUCCAAUGAAACGAUUUAUGUCUGGUCAUGUGACCACUUAGUGUUACUUAAAUCCAAAAGAAAAAAAAAAAUGUGGUCAUGUGACCAUGUAGUAUUACUAAUAUCCAAUGAAAAAAAUAUAUGUCUGGUCAUGUGACCAUUUUCUGUUACAUAAAUACAAUAGAAAGUUUAUUUUUUAAAGAUGAUACUAUGAUAUACAAUGCAUACUUGCCAAUAUUUUGAAAUAACACUAGUUUUAGUGUAACAUAAUUUAUGAUUAAAAGAUAUUAAUUAUUAACCCAUUCUUUCUUCCCUAUUAUUUAGAGCAAAUUUGAUCUUAUCAAAACAGAUUAGUAAUUUUUUUGUGAAUUAAAUUAUUGACUGUCUGUAAAACAAAUCUUGACACAAAUAUUAUAAUUUGGCCAUACAUAAGUUUUUAUACUGGUCAAAGGCUCUACUGUUAUAAACUGAAUUUAUAUGUCAUAUAUAAUUAUCUUCCGGAAAAACAUGAUACCAUUAUUGCAAUAUUAUCAAAGCUGUGUGAAUAUCUAAUUAUAGUACAGUUUGUUAAUUGACCAAUCACAAGCAAGCACUAUUUUUAGACAUUUUGGUCUGGCAGUGAGGCUAGCAUUUCUGAUAUCAGCACAGUUUGUUAAUUGACCAAUCACAAGCAAGCACUAUUUUUAGACAUUUUGGUCUGGCAAUGAGGCUAGCAUGUCUAAUUUAAGCACAGUAUGCUUAUUGACCAAUCACACACAAGCAUUAUUUUUAGACUGGUUUUCAGUUUGUGACACAUAUCUCCCUAACAAGAGGGUAACAUCUGUCCCGCAUUUACAGCUACAAAGACAAAGUGUCUCAUUUUCUACAUGUGAUAAUUUACUUAUUUUUAUGUAUAACAUUGGAUUUCAGUUAUCAUUUUUUCACACCGCUAUUUAUUUCAAUCUUCCAUUUCUUUGUUUUUUGUUUUUGUUGUAUUUUAUUUCAUGCUUUCUGGUAAUCAAAUAAGAAUUCCAGAUAUCCAUGCAGUGGCCAGUUUGCCUCUCGUUACAUUCUUUUCAGUCUCCAAAGCAUCUUUAUUUAUUGAUGAAUAUCUUAGAUAUUUGCUGCAUUUGUAUGUUGUCACCUUAAUGCAGUAAUGGGUUAAAUCCUUAUAUCAUAAAAUAGGAGUUAACCUGUUACUGCACUAAGGUGAUGAUAAUGGACUUUAAUAUCCCACUUUGAUGGGCUUUGGUCUUAGAUGUCAAAUUAACUGAGGCUAUUUUGUCACCUUAGUCCAGUAAUGGCUUAACGUCUAUUGAACUUUAAAGGAGUUGACCCGUUAUUGCACUAAGGUGACAAUUUACAUAUUUUUCUACGUUUCUGCAUGGUUCACCAUCUCAAGCUUCAUCAUGAAGCACCAACCUAAAUUCUAGUUUUAAACAUCAAAAAAGUUAUUCAUCAACUAAUUUACAUAUCUACUGCAAAAUUUUGCAGGAUCUUUUUCUAUGAAAUAUCAACAUGUGUCAUCUAUAAUUAUAUCAAUGUUUUUUUUUGUAUGCAAGAAUAAUGUGCAUAUUAGUUAAACUGGCUUUAAAUGUAAACAUUGUUUUUUUUUAUGUUUUGCAGACAUUCCAUUUAUGCUUAUAAAAGGUAAUCUUCACUACAUGCUUAAAAUUCAUGUUAGAAUGGAGUAUUGGUGAAGAAAAUUAAUGUGUCUGUUUGACUGAAUGCCUUCUACAUUUUUUAACUGUAUAUCUACAAGUUCAAAAUUAAUGGUCAUUUGUCUGUCACGGCUGAUUCAGAACAAUAUGUACAUGUAAUAUCGGAUAAGUAGUCUGUCAUUUGCAGAGAAUUUUUAAUUGGCAAUUACUGGUUAGUUAUCCAGGAAAGCAAGUAAGGUGGAACGCCUGUCGGAAUAUGGCCAAAAAACAUGAAUUGGCUUGAAAACUGAAAACAAACAAAUUCUUUUUAGAUUUCAAUCAAAUUUUUGUAGUAAACAUACAUUCUAGACCUAGUUAUAUUGAGAUGAGGUACCUUGAUUUCGUUUAAGACUUUUUUUGUGCAUUUAAUGAUAAAUUACUUUUAGUAACAAGUAUCUCACUAGGGUUUUCAUUAGUUUUCCAUGUUUCCAUUAUUUAAUUACAGUAAAUUCUGUCUUUUAAGGCCACUAAUGGGACUGACUAAAAGUGGUCUUAAUAGUUAUUGAUGAAAAAAGCCAUUUAAAGAAUUUAUGCAGUGUCUGACAUAGUUUGUGAGUUUUUGCUGAAAUUUGAGAACAAAAAUAUGUGUGAAUGGAACACAAUUCAUCAAAGAAUGAUUUUACACAGUGGUUGAAAUAUUUUGUCUUUUAUUAAAUAGAUUUAGAUUUAACUUGGUAUGGAAUAAUAUACAUGGACAUUCAAAACAACAUGUACGGUACAAAUAUUUAACAUAAAUGAGAAUAAAUAAGCCGUGACAUUCACACCAACACCAAGUAUAGCACAAAAAGAGAGACUUAUUCCAUUGUGGAUUGAGAUAUUGUAAAAUCAGACUUUUUAAAAUUCUUACUUAUUAAUUAUAAUAAUGACCAGCUUGUCAAAAUAGAAUUGAAAAUAAAUAGUAUUGUCCCUUUCACCGUUACUUCACAGAUUAUUCAAGUAACAGUCUGCUUGUUAUAGAUAACAACUGUCCACUUUGUUUGGACUUUUUAUAGAUUCUCUGUGCCAAAAACAUAAAUAGAAUAGAGAUAUGUUUUUUGUUUAAGUUAUAUUUUUAAGAAGUAUGUUUUGUUAGUUAUUAGUAUUUAGUUUGUUUUUCUGCUGUUUUAUAUUUAGUUCUGAAUAAAACCUUUAUUUAAUUACAUGUACCUUUCUUUUUUGUACAUUUAAUUAUUUCCGUGCAUGUAUUUUGAGACUUUGAUUUUUUAUAGUGCUAGAGAAUACAGAUUUGAUUUUUUUUUUCAUUUGUAUAUUUUUGGACUAAGAAGCCUUGAUAGGGCUUUGUGGUAAAUUAUUACUUCACACCAGAUAUAAAAUUAGUAAUUCAUUGAAAACAUUUUAUAUGGCAGUUUUGCUGAUGAAUAAACUUCACAUUUCUCUUAAUAAUUGGAAUACACUGUAUGGGAUAGAAUAAUAUAGAGUAUGAAAGUAUAUUUCCAAUUAUCCUUUAAAUAAAGAUAUCUUAAAUGUUUUAUGUUUAAAGCACAACUUUUCACACAAAUUUGAUUUAUAGUUGGAGGAGGUCAGUGAGUUUUACACAAAUUUGACUGUACGGUGUAUCUUGUACACACGUUUGACAGUAUCUUUUACAGAAGUUUGACUGUAUCUUUUACUGUAUUUAACUCUUAACAUAAUUUUUUUUAAUUGAAUUGUCCAGUUUCUAUUUUUGGAAUUGUCCAUUAUCAAUUUUAGGGAUAUCUAGAUGACAAAGUUAAGUCAACCAACUUUAUAGAGCCUGGAAAGACUGUACGGACAUGCAGGCUGGCCUGUUUCUAUACAGGUGGCAAAGGCUGGUCACUUUCGUACCAGCAGUUUAAGGAUUGAAUCAAAAGAGGAACAACCAGUUCCAUUAUGAUUAGGAUUUUUUUCAACCCUCAGAAUUAAUCUUUUACUUUUUUUCACCUUUGCAAGUGACCCGUUGCCAAGUCUUUAAGGAGCCACUUUCUAAAUGACUAUAAGAUGAUAUGGGUUGAAUCCAUAUGGUGUAAUUUCUUACACAAAAUAUUUUGCAAACUCUUCUCUUUUAGAUAACUUUGAAGUUAUUCUAAGUAUUUAAUGAAUUUUCAAGGAAAUUGAUGUGAAAAUUCAUGCAAAUACAUGGAAUUGUAAGAUAAGGUUGGCUACAGCCAUGUUUCCUUGUGCAAAUUCUUCCUUAGAAAA